GGGGGGCCCGCGGGAGCCGGUCCUUCCUUUCCGAGCCCAGCCCGGCUCGGCCCGGCCCGGCCCAGCCGAAGCGGUGGCAGGAGAAGGGCGCUGAGCGCGGAUAUGGCGGCCAACAUGUACAGAGUGGGAGAUUAUGUUUAUUUUGAAAAUUCUUCCAGCAAUCCAUAUCUCAUUAGGAGAAUUGAAGAACUUAACAAGACUGCCAGUGGAAACGUGGAAGCAAAGGUGGUGUGUUUUUACAGGCGAAGAGAUAUUUCCAACAGCCUUGUAAUACUUGCAGAUAAGCAUGCUAAAGAAGUUGAAGAAGAGUCUGAAAUUACAAUUGAGAUUGAUUUGACUGAUAAACAGAAACAUCAACUGAAGCACAGAGAGCUCUUUCUUUCUCGACAGUAUGAGUCCCUUCCAGCAACACACAUCAGGGGAAAAUGCAGUGUUUCACUUCUGAAUGAGACAGAAUCUGUGUUGUCGUAUCUGGAGAAAGAGGAUGCUUUUUUUUAUUCAUUGGUGUAUGAUCCAUCACUGAAAACACUUUUAGCAGACAAGGGAGAAAUCAGAGUGGGGCCUAGAUAUCAAGCAGAUGUGCCAGACAUGCUUGCAGAAGGAGAAUUAGAUGACAGAGAACAGGCAAAGCUGGAAGUGAAAGUAUGGGAUCCAGAUAGCUCUCUUACUGACCGUCAGAUUGACCAGUUUUUAGUUGUAGCACGUGCGGUUGGCACGUUUGCUCGAGCAUUGGACUGCAGUAGUUCUGUCAGGCAACCAAGUUUACACAUGAGUGCAGCUGCUGCUUCUCGAGACAUCACACUGUUUCAUGCAAUGGAUACCCUGCAUAAACACAACUAUGAUUUGAGCAGUGCCAUCAGUGUUCUAGUGCCACUUGGAGGGCCUGUCUUGUGUAGAGAUGAAAUGGAAGAGUGGUCAGCAUCAGAAGCUAGUUUAUUUGAAGAGGCAUUGGAGAAGUAUGGCAAGGACUUCAAUGACAUUCGACAAGACUUUCUCCCUUGGAAGUCACUGACUAGCAUCAUUGAGUAUUAUUACAUGUGGAAGACGACUGACAGAUACGUGCAGCAGAAACGUCUGAAAGCGGCUGAAGCAGAAAGUAAAUUGAAACAAGUAUACAUCCCUACCUACAACAAACCAAAUCCUAAUCAAAUAUCCAGCAACAGUGGGAAACCUGCUGCAGUCAAUGGAGCGAUGGGAGUCUCUUAUCAGGCACAGAUCUCACUAAUAGGUCGAGCUUGUGAAAGUUGCUAUACUCCACAAUCUCAUCAGUGGUAUUCUUGGGGUCCUCCUAAUAUGCAGUGUAGACUGUGUGCAUCUUGCUGGAUGUAUUGGAAGAAAUAUGGUGGCCUGAAAAUGCCCACACAGACAGAUGGAGAUAAAUUGUCUUCUAGCCAACCUGCUGAGGAAUCCCAUGUUAGAACUCACCUGUCCCGGCAGGCCGCACAGGGAACUCCAGUUCAUAACACUGGUAGUCCAAAGUCAGCGGUGAAAAUGCGCCAGGCUUUCUUUCUCCACACAACGUGCUGGACAAAACUGGCCCGCCAGGUCUGCAGAAACACCCUCCAGCUGCGGCAGGCAGCAAGACGUCCCUUUGUCCCUAUUAACUGUGCUGCCAUUAAGGCAGAAUUCACCUCAGCCAGCCUGCAGCGGAUUUUCACUUUGCGGCCCACGUGGAGUUUGCUACAGGACUUCUGCUGGAUAUUUUCCUGCCUAUGUUUUGGGCCACGGACUUUAGGACUAGUGAGUAUUCUCCAUUCUUUGUUCAAGUUGCUAAAGGAUUUUAAUCAGCCUCACAAGCGGCGAAUUAAGCCACCGGACUCUCUAUCAAAGACAUUUUCUGAAAUCAGUCAAAAUUCCAUUGUGCACAGACAUGCUGUGAAAUAGUUCUGCUAACAGCAUCCAAGAACUUGUGUGGAUAGUUGUAAAUAAGUUUGGGGGAAUUAUUUUGGGUAUAUUAAUAAAUAGUUCAUAACUUUUAAAUCUGCCUCAUUGCAUUUUACCCCAAACUCAGAUUUCGACUAGUCCCAUUUACAACACAGUCCCUUGGCAUUCCAAGAUUACUUGUCCUAGAUCAUUGUACUGUCAACUGUAUUGGAAUUGCAGAGUCUUUUUUACAGUAUUAGAUGUCAGAUUUAUAACCGUAGUUACUAGAUUAAUGAUAAAUAUUUUUCCAACAUAUUUUUAUUGGGAUGCUGAUUAUGUCAGUGUCAAGUACAAGAAAUUUACUCCAUGUAAGAUUAAAAUCUGGGUUUGAGUAAUUCUUUUCCUCUUACAUACUUUAAUACCAGCCAUUCUUCAUGUGCAGGCUCUUUACCUACUUCUACAGUCAUCCAGAACUUGGUGAUUAUUUCUGUUCAUUGUCCUUGUUAGUUGUCCUGUUGGCCAUUUUCUUUCCUCUUUCAAAGCCAUGCAAGUCAAUAGCAGCUUUCAGGUCUCAGGCAACCAUAUGGCUGCUGUGUUGACAGAAUGAGUUGUACUUUAAAAAUGAAGCUUGUCUAAGUUUUGACUAGGAUUAUUUUCUUAAUUCUUAAUAGGAAAGAAGAGUGGUUUUCUGGGAGGAAAGCAUCAUACCUUUUAAUUUAUGCAUUUGACACGAACUUACUGAAUCGUGGAGGAAAACAAGCUUCAGGACUCCACUUGAACCAUGAAUUUUUCUAUCCAUAUCUUUUUCUCACUGACUACUGUGGCUUAGUGAGAACAAAGAUGAAGCUUCUGUAAGAAAGGAAAAACAGAAGAAAAAAAAUAUCAUCCAACUGUUAAGCUUUAUAUUACAACAAAUGUUAUAUACACAGUUCAACUUCAAAACAAAGGAGUGAAAAGCUGGCCUUUUCAGCAGGAAAUAGUCAUUCUUGUUCUUUUGAAUGAAAAGGUGUCAUAUCCCGUUAACAUCAAGAGCACAGAAAGAUGUUUUUUUUCCUGUAAUCUCCAUCUUUAUUCAUUUUGCUUAAAGCAAAAUUUGGACCACGCAAUUUUAUCGUUUCAAAUGCUGAUGCUUCCUGGUUAGACCUAACAUAGAUGGAAAAACAAAGACACAAUUGCCAGUGCUAUUUGAGACAGCAUUCAAAUUACUUUAUAAUAGUGGAAACCACAUUAUACCUCAUUUAAUUGUUUUUCUCUUCCAACCUUGAUGAUACUGUGAUACUGUGAUACUGUAUGCACACAUUCUGUUUCUGGCAAUAUCUCUCUCUGGAAUUGUACAGUGCCCUUACCUACAUUGUCAUGUUUUCACUCUAGUAAAGCCUAGUUAGUAAAUAAACAUACUGUUUCCUA